CACACACAACCCCCCCCACACUCACUCCUGACAGAGAAGAUAGGACAACUGGAGAGACCAUACACACUUCCUACUCAUCCAGUAACUCACCCAGCCAUCGUCAGACGCUAAGACCAAGAUGUGGACUCUGCUCUUGGGGGUUACUUUUGGAUUACUGGCCUCCUCCAGGUUGGAACCGGCUCAAGCUAUAGCAAAGUCCCGUAGCUGCAGCCAUGCUGGAGUGUUCCACGUGGAGGGAGAAGCUCGCUACUCGUUGACCUUUGGUCUGGCCAAAAAACUGUGUGAGAGCCUGGGCGGCACCAUCGCCAGCAAGGAACAGGUCACCGAGGCCCACGCCCAAGGCCUAGAGACCUGUAGAUAUGGUUGGAUCAGCAAUGGAAAUACCACCAUCCUCAGACAGAAGGCCCAUGUUAACUGUGCCAACAACAUGACAGGAGUCUUCUUCCACCAUGACACUCCGGACCAACCCUUUGAUGCCUUCUGUUUCAAUGCAUCAGAUUUGUCUAUGAAGAACUGUGAUUUGGCAAUCAAUCCUGAUUCAACAGGACCAGAGAGUGUUCAGGUGACAGAUGGAGACCUUGCUUCUGAUGCUGCAGGUGAAGCCACAGAGCAGCCUAAGACAGAGGAGGUCCCAGAGGAGAAGACAGACAUCCAGACAUAUGCCCCAGCAGUGGUGGAGGACCAGGACCAGGUACAGCCAGAGGCCACAGAGGGAACCCCAGAGGACAGAGCCCAGCCUGAGGACAGAGCCAGCACAGAGCCUGACACAGUGGACACCACCUAUGCACCUGAGAAACAGGGAGCCGAGAGCCCCACUGAGUUAGUUGAGGAAGUGGACCCGACCCAACCUGCAUCCACUGAGGCUAGCCCAGAGGAACCAACAUCAGGAGCUGAGGGUGGGGCCUCAGAGGGGGCAGCCACAGAGAGCCCUGACGGGGCGGAAGAGCAGACUGAGGGGGAUGAGACCCAGUCAGCCGGCCACAAUGGGGUGCUGGCCACUGAGAUGGAGGACACCACCGGGUCUGGGAUGCUACCGACUGGCGCUGAGGGGGGGGCCUCUUCUAUUGCACCACCUGUUGGACAUCCAGGAGAACCACAGGGCUCAGCCAGCGAGGAGGAUGUGCAGGAGAUAGUGCCAGAGCAGAAGGAGGGGGCAGAGGUCCCAGAUCAGCCCAUUCCCAGGGGGAGGAUGAAUCCAGGUGAGGGAGUAGCCCCUCCUCCAGCCGGGCACGAGAAUAGUAGCACACCCGAUUGGCUGAUUAUUGUGGGAGUGGUUGUGGCAGUGGGCGCUCUUCUCCUCGUGUGUGCUGCUGUGGCCAAGCGGAAGAGCUGGUGCGGUCAGCAGCAGACCCUGAUGAUCACCAACAAGGAUGGUAGUGACGGGAAUGGGGCGGCGGCGUCCGUGGCUAGCUCCCGCGCCCAGGAGAGAGAGCAGGAGAUGGUGACCCUGAUGAACAAAGAGAAGAUCCAGGAAAACGGCAACACAGAGGAGUUCACCGUUAUCACACUGGAUGAGUCCCCAGAGAAAGGACAGUUGGCAUGAGAGAGGAGAGGAGGAGGACAAGGAGGAGAAGAGAGAGGGGGACAGAAAGGUUAGAGAAAGAUGAGUAGCUAUGGGAGUGCUGACACUGGGGCAGGACUAGAGAAGGUCUGGCUGAGGGUGGAGAUGGACACUUUGGCCUGCUACCAAGCAGACAGACACAUUGAACAUGCCAGCUGGGGUUGGGUGGGGGAUUUGUAAAUGUAAGGGAUGGUUAAUACUCUAUUGAUUCUGUUGUUGUAUUCUGCAGAGAAUGGCUGGUUUGUCUCACCUUGUUACUAAGGUGCAACAUCGGAAACUGGCCAAGUCCUUUGCCUGUUUCUCAGAUGGGCUAUCUAGACUGUUAAAGCCAAGAUGAGCAGAAUGCUACUUUCUACCCUGUUAUGUCAGGUAUGUGGUUAGGAUUGGACAGUUUCCAGUCCUAUGGUUUGGACUGAGUCUCUACAGCAGGGGUGUCAACCCAGGCUUCAUACACACAUGCUGAUAUUCACCCCUGCCUUUCAAUCAGGUUGAAAUUUUACCCUGCAGACCCUGUGACACUGGGGGACUGGAGGUUGACAUCCCUGCUCUAUGCCGGGAUCUGAGUGGAGAUGUUGAAGAGGUGUGUGUGUGUGUGUGUGUGUGUGUGUGUGUGUGUGUGUGUGUG